UCCUGCCUCGUGAGAGCGCUGACAGUGCGCUCCCCGGUGCGAUCGUCAUGGCCUCUUACACCGCUUACAGCGGAUACACUAAGCCGCCGCUGUCGUACGCCGGCUCCUACUACAACUACGACGAGAAGGCGCCACAGUCCUACACGGAGUACCAGGACUCGGUGUACGAGGAGAAAAAGAAAAUUGAAAAGCGGAAGAAGAAGUACGCUAUCUGCUGCGAGGUGGUGGCGCUCAUCAUCGGCUUCAUCGGACUCAUCGGCGUGGCGGCUGUGACAGGUCUUCCCAUGUGGAGAGUGACGGCCUUCAUCGAGGAGAACAUCAUCGUCAUGGAGACACGUUGGGAAGGCCUGUGGAUGAACUGCUACCGCCAGGCUAACAUCAGGAUGCAGUGUAAGGUCUACGACUCCCUUCUGUUUCUGCCGCCCGACCUCCAAGCGGCCCGCGGCCUCAUGUGUAGCUCGGUGGCUUUGACCGUCUUCGCCCUCGUCGUCUCGGCCGUGGGGAUGAAGUGCACCAAAGUGGUGGACCACCGCGCUCGUACCAAGCACAUCGUUCUGGUGGCUGGGGGCGCCCUCUUCCUCUUGGCCUGCAUCACCACGCUGAUUCCCGUGUCCUGGACGGGCCACGUCAUCAUCAGGGAGUUUUACAACCCUUUGCUAAUCGACGCCCAGCGACGAGAGCUCGGCGAAGCCCUCUACAUCGGCUGGGUGACCUCGGCCUUGCUUUUCUCAGCCGGGGUGAUCCUGCUGUGCCGCCACGCCCCACGCACCCAGGAGCCCGACCAGAGGAUCAUAUACAACCCCGGCUCAUACGCCUACCAGCCCGGCUCCACGUACCAACCGUACACUUACCAACCCUACCAGCCCCCGUACACCUCCCAGCCUGCCUACUCCGCACCCCCAACAGGGUCUGUAGCCUACACCCCGGUUCAGUACUAGAGAAGGAGACUGCACAAUGGCCUUUUUGGCACAAGCAUCUGUGCAUGUGCAUACCAUGAUGACUGCGCUUUAACGCCAUAACGCCGGGUCUUUCAGAGAACAUACACUACCACCACAUGAUUUCUCUCUGAAUUUGAAAUGUACAUACUUUUUUCCACUGGGCCAUGACCGUGGUCAAUAAAUGGAGGCAGAGGAGGGGGAAAAAA